UCUUUCCGGCUGUGCUUUGCGAUGGUGGAGGACGUCAGUGCUGGGCUUGUGUGCAGUAUGUUAGACCCUGAGGGCAGUGCAGAGCACAAAGCGUAUCCCUCCUUCCCCAAAGUUUUUCUUAUCCCCUUAGCCAUGCUGAUCGUCAUAGGAGCGUUGCUCUUCUUAGCAUUUUCCGCCACCGAACAGAAGGAGGACAGUUUUUACUCCUAUAAAGUGGUGAACAUCAGGGGCAAGCUAAUUUCCCUGGACAAAUACAGAGGCUCGGUAGCCUUAGUUGUCAAUGUUGCAAGUGAGUGUGGCUAUACAGACAGCCACUACAAAGCCCUUCAACAGCUGCAGAGAGAACUUGGCUCACAUCAUUUUAACGUGCUGGCAUUCCCUUGUAAUCAAUUUGGACUUCAAGAACCAGGCACCAACAAAGAAAUUGAGAGUUUUGCCAGGAAAACAUAUGGAGUCACCUUUCCCAUGUUCAGCAAGAUAGCAGUCAAGGGCACUGGGGCAAAUCCAGCCUUCAAAUAUUUAAUUGAUUCCACUGGUGAGGAGCCAACCUGGAAUUUCUGGAAAUACCUUGUAGAUCCAAAUGGGAAAACGGUAAAGGCUUGGGACUCUACUGUCACUAUUGAGGAAAUAAAACCUCACAUCACUGAACUUGUGAGGAAUAUCAUCCUGAAGAAAAAAGAUGAACUGUGAUUACACUUACACACACACACCACUCUGAUUAUCAUUUGGACCAUUAUUUUCACUCUUCUCAUUCCUAAAAGAAAAUGUAAUUAAUUUUUUUUUUCAAUAUGAAGUCCAUCAACAUGAGUUAGCUCCAUCCUCCAAGUACAAUACUGUAUUUUAUUUUUUGGUCUUGCAUUCAAUCCAUUAUUUAACCCAGAAGGAACUGGUUCUGUUCUCAGGGGAAACACACCAAAGGCCUGGGGUUUAUUUCCCAUUUCAAGUCACAUUGAUUGUGGUGAGGUGAAGAACCAAUUAGGAUCUCUCUGUAGGCAAAUAACCUCAGCACUCUAGGAUUUCCUAGAGAAAUAUUACUAGUAGCUACCCUAUCAUAAAUUUGUUCUUUAAGGGCAUUUAUGAAAUGAAACCCAGAAAAGGUAUAAUAGAUCUUAACCUGCGUGUGGUUUUAAGAAGCAGUUUUUAUGCUGGGAAACGAGCACAUUGACACUAUCUGUGUUUGCUUGCUCUCACACCAGUCACUCAUUCAUUUAUCCCUGAGAAUCCAUACACUAGGAUGGAUCUAAGAAUCUGUGACUGUAGGUUCUAUUCAAUAAAAAUGAGAUUUCCCCUGCCAAUUAUUUAAAAAAACAAAAAACCUGUUCGAGAAGAUUGUCAGACCUGCUCGAACAGAAUGGAAGAGAGUAUCGGGCAGCUACAGUUGGAGGACAAGAAUCCUGUUAGCAGGAGCCCCUAUUGGACCAAAGUCCCUUUUGUGAAUGGAAGGAAACAUUUGGACCCAUUAAUCCCAAACUGUUGCAUUCCUGUGUUCUGUCUGUUGUCAUUCAGCAUUUUGCAUGUGCUGAUUUAUUGUGAUUUUAAAAUAAUAAUAAUAAGCAACUUCCUUUCAA